AUGGCCUCCAUAGGCCUCGAAUACCUCCUUUCUGACUCGGAUUCCGAGCUAGAGAUCGUCCCCGAGUCUCUACCCGCAGUGCCAAGCACCAAUCCCGAGCCAAUCACCCAGUCUUCCUCCGAUCCCCUUACCCAGGAACAGGAUCGAUCUACCCAGGACGUGGACGUGGAGGAAAACGCGCGCGGGGAGGUGCCUAAGAAGCAGGAUAAUCAAUUUGUAGAGUAG